AAGAGGAAACGGAAAUAAACAGAAAAAUACAGCAAUUUUUCACCAUUUCAAGUCGGGCGAGGUACAAGAGCUCAACCUCAUCAACGAUUAAAGACCAAUUAGAGUGGAUUCCAAGGUCUUUAAAACGAGAGAGCGAGUGUUGGCCCUCACAGUAGUUUUUAAGAGUUUCUCGCCGUGAUCUUUAUGUGAGGAUCGCGACGGGAGGAGAGACGCGGGGCUGACUGACAGACAGAGACAGAGACAGAGAGAGAGAGAGGCAGGUGGAGAUCAUUGUGUCUUCUUGGAUCUGUGCUCAUCGUCGCUAUUGAGAUCUCAUUGUCUGGUCCUCUGGUCCACAACAGGGAUAUAAACUGCAUCAGGAGGCAUUUUCCACUGCUUUGUACCUUACCAGAUAGGUGUCCGUCGGGCUGUAUCAUGGAGGCCAUUGCCAAGUAUGAUUUCAAAGCAACUGCAGAUGAUGAGCUGAGUUUUAAACGUGGGGAAAUAUUGAAGGUAUUAAAUGAAGAGUGUGAUCAGAACUGGUAUAAGGCAGAAUUAAACGGCAAAGACGGUUUCAUUCCUAAAAACUACAUCGAGAUGAAGGCACAUCCGUGGUUCUUCGGAAGAAUCCCCAGGGCCAGAGCGGAGGAGAUCCUAAACAAACAGAGGCACGACGGAGCCUUCCUCAUUCGAGAGAGCGAGAGCGCGCCUGGAGAUUUCUCCCUGUCCGUCAAGUUUGGCAAUGAUGUACAGCAUUUCAAAGUGCUGCGUGACGGGGCUGGAAAGUACUUCCUGUGGGUCGUGAAGUUUAACUCUCUCAACGAGCUGGUGGACUAUCACCGCACCACAUCCGUUUCCCGAAACCAACAGAUCUUUCUACGAGACAUUGAGCAGGUGCCUCAACAGCAUCCAACAUACGUGCAGGCCCUGUUCGACUUCGACCCUCAGGAGGACGGUGAGCUCGGCUUCAGACGCGGAGACUUCAUUCAGGUCCUGGACAACUCUGACCCCAACUGGUGGAAGGGCGCCUGUCACGGCCAGACGGGCAUGUUCCCACGCAACUACGUCACGCCUGUGAAUCGGAACAUGUAAAGGAAACAACCAAGCGAUUAGUGAAUAAAUUGUAAUUAACGGCCCCUCACAUUCACAUACAAUCAGACUACCCUACACGUCCCCGUCAACACCCUUAAAGUCCUGUGAAAUUUAAAGCGGUGCAGAAGAAUGGAAUCGUGACCGAAAACAAGGAGAGCGAGAGAGAAAAAAAAACGUAGCGGAGAGGCUGGACGUCUCCACCUCUGCCGCGGUGCCCGGGCAAAACUAUUAUUCCUGAGAAUCGUGAUGUCUUCAUGAACGCUUGCAGUCCAGACUGAGCUGUUAGGGCGAAGGAAAGGCUGAAUCUUAGCAUAGUAAAACACACGUAAAUUAAAACAACAAUGAUUCUGUCUGUAGAUUCAUCCUGCUGCUUCUGGCUUCUUUUCUAGUCUGCGAAUAGAAUUGUUUUUUUUUUUGUUUGUUAAUGUUUUGUUUUUUGUUUGGCUGCAUGUUUAAAACUCUUUAUAAUAGUAAAUCCUAAAGCUGUUUUUAAAAAGGAAAAACAUUCUAAAAAUAUAUAAAAAUGUAAGAGUAAAAAAUUGCAAACGCAUUGUACAUCUGGGCUGUGGAAAAAAAAAAUCACGUAUAGAGAGAAAUCCAUUUUUUUAAGAAUAUAUAUAUUAUAUAUUUGUAUGUGUCUGUCUGUUUUACCUUUCAACACAUAUUUUUUCUUUUUCCAGUUGUAAAUUAUGUUAAUUUUUUGGAGAGGCCAGAUGAAACGGAGACGCUCUGAGACGUGCUAAUUUUUGAGCAUCUCGGACGUGACGCCGUAGUAUUUAACGCAUCAUGUAUUCCAUUUGACAUCCUUCUUACUUUGUUUUAGAACCAGUAGGUUCCGAUUGUGCAGGAGUUGAUCUAAUGUGAAAAACCGGACGGCUAGCCACCAUUUUAAGCCAAUGUAUUUAUUGCAGCCACUUUUUUUUUAUUUGUCUUGGGAUGUGAAUGUAGCCGACAUCACUCUGUAGGGCCUCUCACGCGGGAUGCCGGAUUGCAGAGUAAAACCACAGUUGCAUGAUUUCAGAGACGCAUCUGUUCGCUGCGUCCAUGUCGAAAAGCUGUUCACGUAACAAUUUAAAAUCAAAAGAUUUGGUGUUGAAAACUGGCCGAGGCCAGUUAAGCCAGUAAGAAGUAAGAAACCAGAGAGUUUUCAUGUAUUUGAGUUGUUGUCACAUCGACUAAUGUGAUGCGUUCUGUUUGUUUAUUUUGGUUUCUUUGACCUCUUUGUCUUGUAUGUUUUAGCUCUUAUGUAUUUUGUUCCCUCCUCGUGUAUUAUUGAUCCCCUCCGUGAUGUUUUUUGUUCUCUCUGGAUUAGUGCCUUUUUCUCUGGUGUGUGACGGUGUGUGACAGUGUCUCUGGCUUGCUGCUUUAGCCUGAGCAUUGGGCUUUGUCAGACCCGCAGUGAGAAAUCAUGUCCUCUUUCUUCUCCUGAACACUGCACACAGUCGCUCCUAUUUAAAUGUCUCGCCUUUUUCUUAACUUUUUUUUUGUUUGUUUGUUUUUUUGCCUUUUUUUUCCUCGUUUCUUUUGAAUAAAUAAAAAGGAAAUUAUAAAAAGAAA